UCUGUGUGCUCUUUUGUAGCUCAAAAAAAAUUUAAAACCAGGUGCUCCAAUGGUUACAGGACACCCCCAGCUCCUUCUCUGCCUAUAUCUACUCAAUUAAUACCUCUCUUUAACAAAAUUUCUCAACUUUUAUCCACAACCCAUCUCAUGGAAUCCAUUCAAAUCAGUAUCUCGGCUAUUCUUUCUUGGAUUAGAUUAGACUGUUCAUCGAAUAGAAAUAGUAGUUUGAAAAAUUGAGUGUCAGUUUGUAGAGUUAAAUUUAUUUUCGUUCUUGUGUUAUAUGAAAGAGAUUGUUGACGCCAUGGAGGAGGAGAGGCACGUUCUGUUUGGAAAGUACGAGAUGGGGAGGCUUCUAGGGAAAGGUACGUUCGCGAAAGUGUAUUAUGGAAAGCAUAUUGUUUCAGGGGAGAGUGUUGCGAUUAAAGUUGUCAACAAAGAUCAGGUGAAAAGGGAAGGGAUGAUAGAGCAGAUCCAGAGGGAAAUAUCGGUUAUGCGAUUGGUUCGCCACCCCAAUAUCGUUGAGCUCAAAGAAGUGAUGGCGACAAAGACGAAGAUCUUUUUUGUUAUGGAGUAUGUUAAAGGUGGAGAGCUCUUCGCGAAGGUUGCCAGAGGGAAGCUGAAAGAAGAUCUCGCGAGAAAGUAUUUUCAACAGUUGAUAAGCGCAAUUGAUUUUUGUCACAGCAGAGGCGUCUCGCAUCGUGAUUUAAAGCCGGAGAAUUUGUUGUUAGACGAAAAUGAAGAUCUCAAAAUUUCAGACUUUGGUCUCUCGGCUUUGCCGGAACAGUUGAGGAACGACGGACUCCUCCACACGCAGUGCGGGACUCCAUCUUAUGUGGCUCCUGAAGUUUUAAGAAAGAAAGGAUACGACGGGUCCAAAGCCGAUAUCUGGUCCUGUGGGGUUAUUUUAUACGUCCUUCUUGCAGGAUUUUUGCCCUUUCAGGAUGAGAAUUUGAUGAAGAUGUACAGGAAAAUUUUCAAAGCUCAGUUUGAAUGUCCUCCAUGGUUUUCAGCUGAACCAAAGAGAUUGAUUUCCAAACUUCUUGUAACUGAUCCUGGAAGAAGAAUCACAAUUCAAGCCAUUAUGCGAGUGCCUUGGUUUCGAAAAGGCCUCACUCGACCUCUAACGCUUUCAAUCGAUCAAGAACCAGAGAAAGAGAAAGAGAAACAAGAGGAGGAUAAUAAUACUAAACUUCCAUCUCCAAAGUUUUUCAAUGCGUUUGAGUUCAUUUCAUCCAUGUCUUCAGGGUUUGAUUUGUCGAGUUUGUUUGAGAGCAAGAGGAAGACGGCGUCCAUGUUCACGUCCAAGUGCUCGGCCAGUGCUAUAAUGGACAAGAUUGAAGGGGUAGCAAAGGGGAUUAAUUUUAAAGUAGCAAAAGUGAAGGAUUUCAAAGUUAAGUUACAAAGAGGGUCAGAAGGAAGGAAAGGGCGGUUGUCGGUGACGGCAGAGGUCUUUGAAGUGGCGCCGGAGGUGGCCAUCGUGGAGUUCUCAAAGUCGUCCGGCGACACUCUGGAGUAUGCAAAGUUUUGUGAGGAAGAUGUUAGGCCAGCAUUGAAAGACAUUGUUUGGACAUGGCAAGGUGACCAUAUCGGUAACCGCUGUAACGGCGAAGAACCUGAGAGCAAUUAAUUUUCAUAGAAAGUUUAACCUUAAUAGUAUUUUCAAUUUUAAUUUUCUAUCUUUGUUAUAGAUUUUGGUAUGAUUUUGUAUAUAGUUUGUGAUUUGAUUGUUACUUCCCAUGAAUAUAUUUGUCUUUUUAUACUC